CACAUCACUUCACUCAAAGGUAGCAGCAGCAGUGGAGCACAUUUUAUAAAGAUAGGAGCUACAAUGUUUUCCUGGUGUGCUCUGGUUGGGAGCAUGUGUUGCUGAAAUUACAACUAUCCUGAGAUUCUGAAGAGCAGGAAAAGAUGGUUGAUCCUCCCGCUCAUAUGGCUCUCUCGGCUGUGGAGUCCAGCCUGCACAACAGCGUCCAGGCUCUUCUCAAAGAGAUGAGCAGCCACAGUGCUUCACACAAAGGAGUGCUUAGAUGGAGUCUUCAGAAGAAGCUGGAUGCCAAUCCGUCCUCCAGUGUUUCACUAAUCAGCGUGCUGGUCAGAGAGCUGGACAAGAUGAUGCAGAUUCAUAAAACACAAACCUACACGCAUGCCAUCCCAGUGCUGCACACUCUCUACUAUGUGGUUAUACAGUCAGGUAUCACGAUUCCUACCAGCGUGUACCAGAUAGUGUAUGAGUGUUUGAUGAAACUGCUGAUAUUACCAUCUCCUUACUCGGCUGUGGCUCUGAGCACUCUGAGGAUCAUCAAGAUGGAAAUGACCACACCAGGCUCCUUAUAUCAGAGGAGAGUCACUGCAGAGCAAAACUUGAGGAGUGAGCAUUUCAACUUGCAGGAAAAGGUGUUUGUGCUUGCCGACCCAGCUGUGUUUUCUGCUCCAAUGGAAGCAGCAGUAAGAUCACACUUGGAGACAUCCAGCUAUCUCAGGGACACAUCAACCAUGCAGAAAAAUGUGCUGUUACGUGUGCUGCAUACAGGACUGGGGACAACCUGCCAAAGCUCCGCACUGGCUCAGGCUCUGGAGGCUUUAGGAGAACAGAUGGUAGAGAAAUAUUUCCAGGAAGUGGUUCUAGCCGUGGAGACGAGUAUGAAGCUUGGUGCAGGUGGUCGUGCAAACUAUCUGAACGAACUACAACACAUAUACAGAGAGAUCUUGACUGCCUCUGAAGAAGAAAGAACCAAGCAAGAUCAUGGUUCUCGGUGCAGAACUGCGAUGCCCUUUCCAGAGAUCAAAUUCCUCUUGUGGAGAGACAAAAAGGAUCUAUGGAAUCUGCUGGCAAACUUAGCCAAGUGUCCCAGCUCUAACUCAACUAGUGUUGAUGAAGAAGAGAAGGACAAAAGGGACUCAGUUCGGUCUGACGACAGCGGGAUAGGGAGAGAUCUGAAGGAGGGCGACUGUGAUGACACAGUGCAGUCUCCGAUCACAAAUCCUGGGACAGCAUUCACACGGAGAAAUGCCUUUAAGAACAUGAAGUCAGUAGAUAAACAGAGCCUAAUGAGGGGGAAGAUAGACACGUUUCCUGUCCUUAAAGAAGACAUGAGACGUCACACAGCACGGGUAGUGGUAAUGGGGGACGACCGUGUGCUGGGAAGACUUACCAGGGCUUAUCACGCGAUUCGAGAAAAAGAGUCAAAAAAGCUUUUUUUGACCAAGAAACUGAACCUACGGUUUUACUACAUCCCAGUCACCGAUGUGGAGCCUUCUCUCAGUUCACCUAAUGAAGGUAGAUUGUCUCUUGCCUCCUUAUUGGGACGAGUGGAUCCUUGGUACAACAGCAACAUCAACAGUCUGGGAGCUGCAAUCGCCAAACUGCCUGGAAUGCACUCUAAGCAAAAGGAGCCACCACAGCAAAACCCCUUUCUGCUGGACACCCUGUGUUACUACCUUCGCUGUGGGACGCAGCCAGUUAACCUACCGCUCUACUCGGUUAAGAUGACCCGCUACUGCUGUGAUGUGAGUUCUGUGGUGGAGGAGGUGUUUGUGUCCCAUCUGGAGGCAGACAUCCCAGAGUUCAGACACCUUAAAGAAAAGUUCUCAAAGGAGCCCAAAUUGCGCCGAAAGAAGUCAAUGGACGUCUUUGGGUCAGUCAUCUCAGUCAGUUAUAAAAAGAUCUCUUUAAGCAAACGAGAAGUUGUAAAGGGAGAGGCACCCAUGACGUGUGGCGUGGUGAUUACAUCAGAGCCGGCAGCUGUAACAUCAGGCAAGGAUCACCUUUCUGUCAAGUUUGACAGUGUCAACAAAGGAUACAACACAACGAUCAAAACCCAGAGCAUCACCAUUAGGACACUGGAGGAUCGAACACUCUCCGUGUGUCUGGACAAGGACUCCCGCAGGACAUACACCGAUGUUCAAAGGGUCGAAAUUUCUCCGUGCUUAGACCCAAGAUGCAGCGCCAAGUCCAAAUUCAGUGUCAGCCAGGAGCGAGAGCUGCUGCUUAGCAAGUAUCUGGACAAAGUCCUGUCGCUGCCGAUCAACACCUUCACUGGUGUGACCCUCUGAGGGACAUGAGCUGUCUGACACUUCAUGUGUACAGAUAAUUCAUACUGCUGUACAUAAUGAUCUAUUAACACCACAUUUUGUGUUACAAAGUGUUAUCAAAUGUUUAUAUACUGCUUAUAAAUACUAAAAACACCAACAGUUUUUUUUCUAUUUAAUUCUAUUAACAAAAUGCCUUUAUUAUUGUUGUUGUUAUUGGCAAAUGUUAAGUCCUUAAGAUACUUUUUGAUUAUGAUAACUAUUUAUAAUACAAAAAACAUAACACAUGUUUAAGUAAUGCAUAACUGUUGCGUGAGUCAUGAUGAUUGGAUGCAGUUUGACCAGUUUGAAAUUCCCCUUUUUCUGUGCUCCAGCUAAUUUGGUGGCAUGCAUAUCAAUGUUUGAAGUAACUGUGAGUUAACAUGCAUAAACUAAUGAUCCAUUAAGUGUGAACUCAUCACUUAAACUCAUAGUAGUGACUUGAUCAUUUCUUGAUGGUGAGCAACAGAAAAUUCAUGAUAAAUCCUGCAUUAAUUUGCACAUUAAAUCUCUAGCUAACUACAUUUAAUCUAGUACUGUUUUAAGUACAAUUUAGAGGUAUUUAUACACAUAGUAUUUCCAUUUCAUGCUUUAUACUUCUACAUGUCACAGGGGAAUAUUGCACUUUAUACUCCACUACAUUUAUUUCACAGUUACUGUAUAGUUACUAGUUUUGAAAUUAUGAUUUUACAUGGACUUACACACAAUCUUAGCCCAAGGUCAGAUCACUUACUAGUUUAAGCUUUCAACUGUCUUCAUCAGUAUAUGGAGUUUCACUCAUUUUGUCAUGACACUGUAGACGUUUAAAUGUUGGUGAUUCUGAGCACUUUUGAAUUCUUGUCCGUUUUGGCUUUAACGUUAAAUAAUGUAAAAUAUAUGAUAUAGUUUAUAGAAUAUGAUGCACUGUUAUAGAUUAAACUCUAUAUGCAGUUGUUCAAAUGAUAUACCCCUUGACAACACUCAAAUGCAUCUGUAUAGUCAUAAUGUUUCAAUAAUAUAUUGUAUAUACAAAACUCUGUUUGGGGCCUUUUGACACUUCAAGUACAUUUUGCUGCAAUAUUUCGUCUACCACUGAUUAAAUCAUUGGAAGUCAUUCAUUUGUCGCAUUGUUUAAGUCUGUGUGUUUUGAAGCCUUAUUAUAAAGUGUUACCUUUAUUUUAUUACAUUUUAUUAGCCCGUAGUAAUUAAAUUGUUCUUGUAAUGCUGCUCAUAGGGGAUUGUAUAUGUUGUUAUAAGUUC